CCGCAUAUCGUCGCUGACCUGGAAGCUCUGCUGCCUACGUGCGUACGCGUUGCGCUCUGGCCGCAAUGGGGCUGCGUACUACUUGUGUCAUGGGAUAAUGGGGUAUGAGGUGAGACGCGUAGUGGCCAGCUUCAGCUUACAUGAACGGAGACAUUCCGGAAUAUUUUUGAGGCCGCAGCGAGUCUUUUGCUUUUUGUUCAAUGUUCUGAGCCAGGACUUUUACGUUUAACAAGCCCCAGUUGUCAUUCAUACAGCGGUCGGAAACCUCCACACAUGUCAGCCGAACUGAGUCCCACCGAACUCACCAUGUCCUCCACCACACAAUCUCCACCCCAACACCAAACUCCCUCCUUCGACCCGGAAUACCUCCAAUGGCUCAUGUCCUCCUUCCCCACCGACGCCGCUACCCCACCCCUCACCACCAUCCCCUUAAUGCGCCAAAACACCGAGCACAUGAUCCGCGCUCUCUACGCAAAAUGGCCCGCCCAACCCAGCGUCAUGCAGACCUCCCACAUAGUCACAUCCGCAGACGGCACGCUCAUCGAAGUCACCCGCUUCAGCCCGCCGCAGGAACCUGGAAAGCAGGAAAACGAAGCAGGACCAGCGAUCCUGCAUUUCCACGGAGGCGGGCAUGUCUCCAACCACGUGGAUAUGUUUGCGCCCUACCUGUCCGACCUCGUCGUCCGCACCGGAAUUCCUGUAUUUAGCGUAGAAUACCGACUCGCGCCCGAACACGCCUUCCCCGCCGCGCUGGACGACGGCCUCGCAGCGCUGAGGUGGCUGUCUUCCUCCGCUGUCCAGCUCGGCAUCGAUCCCACCCGCAUCUGCCUAAUGGGCGAGUCUUCCGGUGGCGGGUUGGCGGCGGGAAUUGCGCUGAUGGCUAGGGACAAGGCGUUGGAGCCGAGAGUAAAGAGAAUGUUGUUGGUAUAUCCGAUGCUAGAUGAUCGCUCGAUCAGCACGAAUCCUGCGUGGGACGCGGAGAAUCGCGGGGUAAAGUUGCUGACGAUGUGCUGGGAGGCGUAUCUGGGGCCCAGCGUCAAGGUGGGGGAUCCGCAGGCGGAAGUGUCGAUUUAUGCGGCGCCGGGGAGGGCGGAGAAGUUGGAGGGGUUGCCCGAGGCGUGGGUCGAGGUUGGUGCGCUGGAUGAAUUUCGGGAUGAGUGUGUGGAUUUCGCGGGGAGGCUGGAGAAGUGCGAGGUGAGGGUUUGGGACGGCGUGCCGCAUGGCUUCGAUGCGGCGAGGGAGAUUAAGGUUAGUCGGAGAGCGGUGGAGGGUAGGGUGGGUUUUUUAGCGGGACUGUAGGGUGGGCGUGCAGAAGACGAUUGUAAGUACAAGGACUUUCACUACAUGGGGUGCCUAAGGCGUUUUGUUUCGGAUGAGUGUGUUUGAUCAGUGUGGGACGGAGACGGAUACUUUAAUUGAUCGAAUGCUGCGCAGACUUUUGUGAGAUGGAAGAGGGUAUUGAAACUACGGAUAUUGUGUCGUG